GCCCGCCAUCCCGGGAACUGCCGGCCUCUUUGUUUGGGCGGCCGGGCGGCCCCACCGGGCUCGCCGGAACCGUGAAGAGGCGGCGGGGGCGGCCGCCCCGGGGCGCGCUGUGUUGCGGGGCCUGCGCGGCCGGAGCGACUGGCCCGGACAGGGUUAAGUGGAGGGCCGGGCCCGGCCCGCGCGGGGCCGAUCGCGGCCACUGCCACGACCUCGGGGACUCAAGUCCCUGAGGGGACAAAGCCCGCCGCUCUGGAUGCUCGGGACUUCUGCUCUUGGGACUUGGCCUCCGGGAUCUGCGGGUGCACGGCUCAGGAAAAAAGUUGAGAAUUUUGCCAGGUCAUUUCUGCCCGGACACAGUUAAUCAGUGUGUAUUUAGUGUGCUUCGUUGAAGCUGCCCUGCCGUGUAGAAUCAGCGUGUAUGGCCUCGGAUGUCCCUGGUAGAUUUGGGAAAGAAGCUUUUGGAAGCAGCACGAGCAGGUCAAGAUGAUGAAGUUCGUAUUUUGAUGGCAAAUGGAGCUCCUUUUACUACAGACUGGCUGGGAACCUCUCCACUUCAUCUGGCAGCACAAUAUGGGCAUUAUUCUACCACAGAAGUACUCCUCCGAGCUGGUGUAAGUAGGGAUGCAAGAACCAAAGUGGACCGAACGCCAUUACAUAUGGCAGCUUCUGAGGGCCAUGCCAGCAUAGUAGAGGUUUUGCUUAAGCAUGGUGCUGAUGUUAAUGCAAAAGACAUGUUGAAGAUGACAGCUCUACAUUGGGCCACAGAACACAAUCAUCAAGAAGUGGUGGAACUUUUAAUCAAAUAUGGUGCUGAUGUACACACGCAAAGUAAAUUUUGUAAAACUGCAUUUGAUAUUUCAAUAGACAAUGGGAAUGAAGAUUUGGCAGAGAUACUACAGAUUGCUAUGCAGAACCAAAUCAACACAAACCCGGAGAGUCCGGACACAGUGACGAUACAUGCCGCCACACCACAGUUUAUCAUCGGACCUGGAGGGGUGGUGAACCUAACAGGUCUGGUAUCUUCAGAAAAUUCAUCCAAGGCAACAGAUGAAACCGGUGUAUCUGCUGUUCAGUUUGGAAACUCGUCUACGUCAGUAUUAGCUACGUUAGCUGCCCUAGCUGAAGCAUCUGCUCCGCUCUCCAACUCUGCAGAAACGCCAGUAGUGGCUACAGAGGAAGUAGUUACUGCAGAAUCUGUGGAUGGUGCCAUUCAGCAAGUAGUUAGUUCAGGGGGUCAGCAAGUCAUCACAAUAGUCACAGAUGGAAUUCAGCUUGGAAAUUUGCACUCCAUUCCGACCAGUGGAAUAGGUCAGCCCAUCAUUGUGACCAUGCCAGAUGGACAACAAGUAUUAACAGUACCAGCAACUGACAUUGCUGAAGAAACUGUUAUAAGCGAAGAACCACCAGCCAAGAGACAAUGUAUCGAAAUAAUUGAAAACCGGGUGGAAUCUGCAGAAAUAGAAGAGAGAGAAGCUCUUCAGAAACAGCUGGAUGAAGCAAAUCGAGAAGCACAAAAAUAUCGACAGCAGCUUCUAAAGAAAGAACAGGAAGCAGAGGCCUACAGACAAAAAUUAGAAGCUAUGACUCGUCUUCAGACUAAUAAAGAAGCUGUUUAAUUAACUACGAACACAUAGUUUGAAUUUACUUUUGGUUAAGAAAGAACACAGUCUUGAACUGUACACCACAGGAAGCCAGGCAGAAGAGACUACGGAUUGACGAUCGGACUUAAGCCAUGAGCUCUGAAUCCUUGUAACAUAAAACUCUACUUUAGAAGUUGUGAAAUGUAUUUAAAACUGAAUUCUGUAAAUAGUUUUUGUUUUUUUACAGUUCCAAAUGAGUUAUAAAGAUUGUUGAAGAGAUCCAAAAACACAAUAAGCCACUGUUUUUGUGAAUUCUUUUUGAUUUUAGUAUGAACCUUAAUUUCUCAGAAACAGAACAGUUUUAAGGGUGAUCGUUGUUGAUUAGACCAAAUGUUAUGUAAUAAUUAUGUGGUGGACUGAUGCUGGAAUUACUCCUGUAGGUAUUAACUUCUAUAUGAAAAGAAGAUUUCUCCCAGGAAAUCUUUGUACAGCUUUAAGUUGUCUCAGAUUCUCUGAAAACAUUUUUUAGAAAGCAAAUUUUUAUAUUUGUUCAAUUUCAGCUAUACCCAAGUAGAUUUACAUGUAUAUGAAGCAAAUAUUUUUUAAACUUCUGUUUGUACAUAUUCUGCAUGUUUUAUAAUUUCAAAAUGCAUCACUUGCAUAGGUAUUUUUCCCACAAAGAUGAUGAAAGUGAACUAGGGGGGAAAAAUCCUUUUAUUCUGUAGGUCAUUGAAAGUUAAGUAAGCUAGCAGCUGGUUUUAUUGGAAUGACAAUGUUCUUAGAAGGAGCAGCUUACAAGAUAACUUGAAUUUGCAAACUGCAAAAUCUAUGCUUUUUUGAAAAUUUCAUAGUGGGGACGUGAAACUGUAUUCUGUGCCUUCCAUCAUGAUUUCCACAUGAAAGCACUUUAAGGCACUGGAUUUUAAGAUAAUGUUUUUGGAAUACUCAGAGCAUAUGGGUUUCUGAAAUAUUUCAUGGACUCAUUUCUCCCCAGGAAAUUAUUCUUAUGGAAAAAAAAAUGCUUUUGUAUGUAGAACAAGAACUUUUUGUACUACAGUGAUGCUAGAUAUGUCUAACAUAACUUUUACUUUUCCCUGUGAAAGCUGUAUGUCUGUGCUGUGACUGGCUCUCAUCACAAUAUCGUUGAAUUCCACAAUGUAUGGACAUUAAACUCUGACAUACUCUUCAUUCUUUUUUGUAAAACAUAACUUCAAGCUCUUUUUUCUUGCUUUAUUUUUUAAUGUCUUAUGCUUUAUGAACAUGUUUAACCCUAAGACCCUUCUAGAUUACAUAUCUGUAUAAAGAAGCAAUUACCCUUAAAACUGUACUCUGGCCUACUUUUCUAUUUUACAAUUAAAUAUCUUUUCCACAUA